AUGGAUUGUGAUGAUGGAAAAAUUCCGGGCGAAGCGUCGUCAAAAGCCAAUGACCUGGCGGCGAAAGAAGCGAGUACGGAAUCCGUAUCUGAAAUGAUGGAAGAAUCCGUUACGACUCCGUCAGAAGCGAGUCAUCACAGAAGUUUAUUCGGAACAAGUGCUGCUGGACAAACUGACCCUCAACAGCAACAAACAGGUCAAUGUCAACAGGGUGUUGCGUCGACCGAGACUGAAACGCAACAAGCACGUUCAGUGAUGCAGUCAAGUCUAGAAACCAUUUUGACCAACGCCAUGCAUGAGGCGUCUGGAGAUGAGAGGCAUCGUGAAACCGAAAUCAGUCAGUCGUCUGCGAGAAUUAUUUUGGAUGGAGAUUUGGAAGAGCUAAGAAAGGAGAAAGUACAACUUGAACAGGAGCUGUUCAUUUUGAAUGAGAAGCACAGUUCGAUGCAAACAAAAUUCCAUCAGCUCGGUGAAACUAUUACGAAACAAAAAGCUGAGCUGGAUUCGUUAUCGAUUGAUCGUACGCAAAGGAUGGCAGUGAUGCGAGAGUUGGAAGCUGAACGAGAUCAGUUGAUGCUUGCGAAGAAUGAGAGUGAACAAAAAUCAUCAAUGUUAUUAUUACAAAAACAAGAUUACGAGAAUCGCAUUGAGCGCCUCACACACGAAAAGUGUCUGCUCGCAGCCGAUGUACAAAAUUUAAAAAAUGAACUUGAGCGAUCCGAGACGAAGAACUGUUUAAUGCAGACACAAGUCGAUGAGGUGCAAAAAGAAAAACGAAUGUUCCAGUUCGAAAAAGACUGUUGGUCACAAGAGAAAGAGAUUUACUUGCGAAAUCGAGAAUGGUUCACGAACGAGAUCAAUGAACGCGACUCAAAAUUGACUUUGUUGAGAAUCGAAUCCGCGCGUAUAACCGGCGAGUUGGAAGCACAGAAAGCGAAUGUUGUGGACGAAGUGGAAACGGUAAAAGAAAGCCUGAAGAAGGCACAAUCUCAGGUCAGUGCGCGAGAUGAACAGAUCACGAAAUUAAACGAUCGCAUCAAAGAGGUGUUAGAGGAUCGCGCCGCUCGAAUCAACAAAAUGGAAGAAGAGUUGUUGGCUGCAGAACGUUUGUUAUCGGUUUACAAGGAGGCGAGUGAGGAUGCGGAGAGACAUUUGAAUCAGUUGAAAGUCGACUACGACGAUCAGCGAAGAUUGUUCGAUGAAUCUAAGGAUGCUUAUGAAGGAAUUCGUUCGCAGAUGGAAACUCAAGAAGAAACGCAUGCAGUUGAGCUACGUACUAAAGAUGAGAAAAUCGCUGAACUGAACGACGAGUUGUUGAAGGCGAAUGAUCUAUUGAAAUCGAAACAUCGACUGACGUUGGCAGACGAUGAAAUAGCUGCAUUAUCGCCGUCGGCAGCUGCCGCAUGCUCGUUGAUACGAAGUGGUGUGUCGUUGACGGCGAUCUAUCGAGAGCACUGUCGAGUGGUGGCCGAACUGGAAGAGGUCAAAGAUGAAAACGCGAAAUUGGAAGCGAAUUUCAGAGAGCUUGUCGAGGAGAUCGAACGAAAAGCACCGAUAUUAACUCAGCAGCGCGUCGAGCAUGAACGUGUCUCAGAGCUGUGCACACGUCUUCAGAAUCAGCUGCAAACAGCCGAUGAUGAAAGACAGCAUCUGAUCUCGGCAAAGGAUGCAGCAACUCGGGAAUUGGCCUACACGAAAGCUGAACUGGAAAGAUAUCAAAGAGAUAAUGAGGAUAUGGCAAGACAAAUUCGUCAUUUGCUGCACGCUUAUGAGGUGAAUCGUGCGUCGAUGGGUCGUGACACAGACUCACCACCGAUGAGCGAGCAAGAUCGUGACGUUCUGUGGUCAUCGAUUGGCGAACUGCAGAAAGUCAAUCAGAAACUGCUGUCUGAUCUGAGAGCAGUGCGAGCAAAUAACCAGAAAGCAAUUGAGGAAGCGAAUAACACUGAGAUCAAUCGAUUGGUCGAGGCGUUAUCAGAAGCAACCAAGAAACUGGAUACGAUGAAAGAUUAUUCUGCUAAGCAAGACGUUGUGAUCGAGCAACUGAAGCAGCAGCGUGAUUCGUACAAAAAUAUUGCAGGUCAACGAAAAACUGAGGAAGAGGUGUGCUUUUUGUCGGGCACAAUCUCACGAGAGUUGAGCGAUGCACGCGUCAUGAUCGCACAGCUGAAGGUGCAGUCGGAACGUUCUGAAAAAACACUCGAAAUCUAUCGUGAGGAGAAACAUCAAGCUGAAAAGAUUCUGCAAGAUCGUAUUGAUCAACAGAUCACACUCAUUUCUGGGCUGAGAAAGACGAACGGAAAGCUGGAAGCAGAUUUUGAACUGCAAAAGCAAACUCAAGAGAUGCUCAAGAAACAGAGUGAAACGGACGAGCAAGAGCUGUUGAGCCAACGUGAGAAGAACGCCAAAUUGAUGACUGAUUUGAAAGUUCUAAGCGAAAGAUUGACGUUGACCCAGCAAGAACUGAUCGCGUCUAAAGGCGAAAUCGCUAAAUUCAAAUCCGAAGUGAAUACGAUGCGUGAUGAAGUGACACUGCUGCGAAGUACGAAUGCCCGACUUACACAAGAAUUGCAAGUUGUGCGCGAGUCGAGUUAUAAUAACGAGAAAAUGGCAUUUGCCAUACAGAAGAUGCAGAACCGAUUGGACCAUUCGGAUUCAGAGAAGUUGAAACAAUUAGAAGACCAUUUGACGAUCGCAAAGAAUGAGAACGAGAAUAUGAAGAAGUUUGUUGCGGCUGUCACGCCUGCUUCACACGCAGGAGGUCGCUGGUUCGGUCCCGGCUGGGAUCAGGAGACUUUGCUAGGGUUUUGGGGUUUCGAUACACUUGUCUGUGGUGUUGCAUUAAUUUCCAGGAGUUUCUUUUUUUGGAUGACCACGAAUAAGAUCGCCACUGAACGUGAUCAAGCAUUGGCAUCAAAGAAAUCAGCCGAGGAUCGUCUCAGCUUCAAAGAGAACGAGUUAUCGCAACUUCAGAGCAAGUAUGAUGAGUUGAUGCGACAGAUCAAUGCACCCGAUUCUGUUGUUGAUACAACCGUGGAGGGAUACAAGAAAGAUGCACAACAACUACGAAAUAAGAACAAUUAUCUGGAGAAUCAAUUGAAAGACUUGACAAUGAAACUUGAAGCCGCUGAAAAGAAAUUGACGGUUCGUGAGAAAGAGUUGGAAAAUUUCACAACGGUUAGCGGAAAUCUUGAAACGACACUUGUAGAACAGAGUGCUUCGAGCGCAGCCGAACGUCGUAGUUUGCAGUCGAUGCUCGAUAUUGCAAAUGAACAGUUGGAAGCGAGUACGGCAACAGUAUCGCAAUUGCGAGGUGAAGUUUUCAAAUUGGAGCAACGAGUUUCUGAGGAGUCGAUGAGAUGUGAACAGCUGAAGAUGAGCGCUCAGAAGGAGAUCUCUGAGGUGGAAAAGAAGUUAUCGAACUUGGAAGCUUUGCGAAUCAAUGGUGAGGCACGGUCAGAAGAGUUGAGAACGGAGCUGGACGUACUGAAAGCUUCAAAUAAAUCGUUGGAAGAGGAGAAAGGAAGACUGCGAGAAAGUGUACACAAACUGGAAGACGAUUGCAAAAACGUCCAGAGCAAAUUGUUAAUUGCUGAAAAUGCGCGAUCGGAAUGUGAGAAACACGUGGAACAAGCGCACAAGACGAACGCCGAUGAAAUUUCAGUUCUGAGAGUGGAUAAAAAGAAGUUGGAAUAUGAGUUGCAAGAGGCGAAGGAACUGAAUAAACAACAAACGCAGAAGAUUGAACUUCUUAACGAUCAACUCAUGAAGCUAUCCGAACGAGUCGCAUUUCUGGAGAGGAGUGCUGAAGGGAUGUCGAGCGAUUCAUCGAGUAGAUCUGCAAGCUCACUUUACGACGUUAUCAAGUAUUUGCAAGUGGAACAUGAGAAGGAAUCAGAAAGGACGAUGAAUGCGGAAUUGCAGUGGAAACGUUUGGAAGCACUACAAGCGGCCAUCGUUGAACGAGAUCAGAAACUUCAAGAAGAGGUGAAUGCACUGCGUAGUAAGGCUGAAGAGAGUGUGAGAGCAAUCGCCGAGAAGAGUGAGGUGGUGUGCAGACUGACAAUGCUACAGGGCGUGCAAAAGGAGAACGUCGAGCUGAAAGCACAGCUGCAGAAAUACACGGCAAACGUUGAACAAAUGACAAAAACGGUGAACGAUCUGAAACAUCGUUUGGCAGGCGUUGAGGCCGAGAAGAUUGCCGAUAAAAGUAAACUUCAGAAUACGACCACUGAUCUGCAGAAUGCCAAGAAAGAGGCCGAGUUGUGGAAGGGUCGUCAUUCACAAGCGAUGUCUGCGUUCGGCAAAAUUGGUCCUGAAAGAGUGCUGAACCUAACAAGUGAAGUGGAAACUUUGAAACGUCGAUUGCAAGCAAUAACCAGCGAGCGUGAUGUGGCCAAGAAAGAGGUGGCGAAGUUAACCGAAAGUGUGGACACAUCAACAGCUGCAGGAGCUGCGCUCGAAACAGUUAAGAAUCAAUUGCAAGAGAUGACUCGACUGCGUAACGAUAUGCACGGCAGAUUCGAGCAAGCGCGUACGUUGGCUCGUCAGUAUCGCAUGAAAUAUCAGACGCUAGAGAAGGAACAAGCCGAGUUGAAAGCGCAGUUGGAGGCCAAGCAGUCUGAGGCUCCAACUCAGUCGCAAACCACCGCCGCACCUAAACUGCUCACAGGACGAACAGGUUGGCCUAUAGAACAGCAUGGCACGUCGUCAUCUCAGGCAUCCACUCAGCAACAGCUGAAAGCAAACGUAUUGGUGCAAACGCAAAUGAAGCAAAUAGAAUCGCUGAAUCAGCAAAAUAAGGAAUUGUCGAAAAAGAUGGAAGAACUUGCGAGUGAGCUGAGAGAAACUCGUACGAAGUUGAGCGACGCAGAGACACAGAUUGCGACACUGAAAGCAGAAACUGAUUCAAAAGGUUUUUGUUUGCUCACUCCAAUGAUCAGACAUUCCCUUCAUAAUGACCGUAAAAAUAAUGAGUUUAAAUUCCUGUUGCCAAGAUUACAUUCCUUGACGGUUAUUGAAGCGUGCAGAUUUUUGAGAAGGCUUUCAUUGGAAACUGGGAAAGUGGGAAGGGAAUAUCAUCAUUCGAAUGCUCAGUGCCAAAAAGCAAUUUUCUUGUUUGCAGAAGAGUUACAUUUCCGUUUGAAUUCAAUAACGAGUAUGGCAAAUAAACGUGAGGCUGAGCUGACAAAGUUACGCGAAGAGAUGGAGGCAAAGAAAGCCGAGUUGGAGCAAUCGGAGAAACGCGUGAAGGCACUGGAAAACGAGAUGAAGCAGUGUCGUUUGCAACUGAGCGAACAGGAGACAGUGGCAGGCGCUGCCUCUUCUCUGCAACCAUCAACCACUGAAGCAGUGCAGCACAUUCUGACCGAAGAAGGAGUCACUGCGAAACCCGUUAGUUCGUCGACGAGUCAACCAAAUCAACCGGGUGGAGUAGCUUCUAGUGCUGCUCUCAUUGGUAGUGCUGCUCUGUCAGGUGCUCUUAUCUCAACAACAGGAGGCGCAUCAAGCGCUGCUGUCGUUUCUGCACCAAUGGGUGCGUCAACCCCAUUCUCGGCUGAUCCAUCGAACGCCUCUGAAUCUACCGUUUCUGCGUCAAAACCCCAACUUGUUGAACAGCAAGCGAGCGUUGCUGGUCAAUCUGUAUCGACAACAACUGAGCAGUCGUCGGCUCAAGUGCAAGUUGCAAGCAGCAGUGAGUCGAUGAAAAGUGACGUAUCUGCGACGGCAGCUGGUGGAUCGACAGUGACGAGUAUCUUCGGUAAUCAGCAUCAGGGAUUGGUCCUUAGCGGUGCGCAGCAGCCGGCAACGGUCAGCGCAGCGACAAAGACACCAGCACUGUUUCAAGCAUCAGCACUCGACACCUCUGCUUUCAAGUCAACAUUCACAAGCGUGUCCAGUCUUGUACCGGCAAAUCAGAGCAAUACGGUGAGCCAGUCGAGUACGCCACCGUCAGCUAUCUCUACAUCAUUCAGCGGAGGACUGAUGCCAUCGCAGCAACAACAGCAUAAACCACCACCCCAACAAAAUGUGAUAUCGGGCAGCGGUGACGGUACGAAUGUGAUUAGUAGUAGUGGGGCCGGGAACGUGGCAAUAACGUCUGGCUUAACAGCGUUGCCGCUGUUAGGAAGCACCAGUAGUGGAAUACCUAGAAAACGACAACAACCGCAAAGUGAUCAGUCGUCAUCGGUAGAAACUGGCUCAGAUAUACAAGAUCCGGUGAAGAGACAAAGAGCAAGUCCAUCUGAACAGGUAUCGACUAGUGGUCGUUUCGUGCAGUCGAGUAGUGAAGCGAUGCGCGCUGAGAGUAAGACGGUACAUGCCGACGAUGAUGAGGCUGAACAGGAACAGCAGGAGAGCGUGGAAACAACGACAAAUCCAGAGGACGAAGGCGUUGGAGAGGAUUUUUUGGCUGAAGAUGCGGAUGUGGCUGGUGAGGGUGGUGAGGAUGGUGGUCGUGCGCAGGAUCAUGAAGAAGAGGAUGAAGAUGAAGAGGACGAGGAGGAAGAAGAUAAACUGGUAGUUGAAGGACUGGAAGAGGAGGCCGGAUCGGGUUCGGGCGAUGAGGUUCUGGUCGAUGAAGAUGUCGAGGAGACACUUGGCGAUGCGGGUGAUGAAGAAUACGAGGACGAAAUGGAAGAGGAUGAAGAGUACGAGGAAGAUGAGGAGGAUGAAGAGGAGCAGGAGGACGACUUCGAUGAGGAGGACAUCUCCGAGUCGCAGUCGCAGUCCCGUCAUCAGCUCUAUCGAAGAGGGGCGUCGACGCAUCAGCACAAAGCACGUAUGCCGGCCGCAGCCAUUGCACCACAGCAGCAACAUCAUAAUGUUUUACAGCGGCGUCAUGCGGAUGAAGAAGAAGACGACGAUAUAAUAUUGAUCGAUGAUGAAGAAGAGGAGGAGGGUGAGGGCAUCGAGUACUCCUAUUCACCUGCCGAGCAAUCGAUGGAUGAGGCUGACGAGGGGACACGAGCCGUCACUGGCAGACGGAUUGGUGAAACGGUGACGCAAGAUGACGACGCUGACACAAGUCUCGAUGAACCGCACCGGGCUGAACGUGAGAAUGAGGAUGAAGAUGAGCCUGAUGAGAGACAAGCAGCUCGCGAAUUGAACCAACCGCACAAUGCCAAUGACGAUCAUCUAGAGCUACAGCAAGCUUCUGCUGGUGCGUCCAGACUGCAGUCUGCUCUGUCGUCGUCGUCGUCGUCGUCUGCGUUACAAAAGCAGUCUGCCUCAGCCGUCGAAAACGUUGGAGCACAUUCUGGCGGUACGAUUGCGGGCGCAACUCAGGGAGGCAGUAGCAGUAUCUUUCUGCAUAGUGGUGAAAUGGAGCUGUCACAGUCCCUCAAUACCGUGUCACAUACGAGCGAUGUUGGAGACGAGUCUGAUAGUCGUGGUGCUUCGAGCACUGUUCUCGGAAGCGGUGGCAUCUCUGCUGUAGACGACUCUUCAUCGCUGAUGGUCGCUGCAGGUGGCGAGCAAAUACUGUCAGAUGGACAGCUGGGUGCCGGGAUAGCAGAUGCCGUGCUUAGUGGUGCGGUACAUGGUGACGAGCUGAGUAAUGACAGUAUUGGCAUGGAGGGACAGUUGGAGGGCGGGGAACAGGAGAACGAUGGAGGUGAUCAUGAAUACCAUCACGAGGGCGAUGACGCUGGUCACGACCUAGAGGAAACCGGUAAUGAAGUGGCUGAAGAGGAGCAUACUUCAAGCAAAAAGACGCAGCCAACUGAUGAUGAGGCAUCGGCAAGUGACUUGACGGCUGCUGGUGCUGCUGCUGGAACUUCAGCCACGGGUUCCUCUUCGUCACUCACUCAUCGCCGUAUACGUAUCCGAUAUCCGGACAUCGAUGAACCAAGUUCGAGCAGGUUCGUUUCAUUUAUUGAUACCGAUGGUCCUCAAGGUGCUGGUGUACGUGCAGCUGGUGGCUUGCCUCCGAUGAGAGAUAGCACACGUGGUGCGGGUAGAGCGCGUGGCACUAGACGUUCACGGGGACGAUAUAUCUGA